AGUGUUGUAGCCAUCCACUACCACCACAAUCCAUCCAUCUUAGCAUCAAAGUCCAGCACUUCAAUUUGCCCCCGCGCGCGGCCUGCCUGCUAAAACACGCAGUCAUAUUCAAGCUAGGUGCUAAGUGCCCAACCUUUGAAGAGAUCAGAAAGAUGGUGACAGUGGAAGAUGUCCGCAGGGCUCAAAGGGCUGAGGGCCCUGCCACGGUCAUGGCCAUCGGAACGGCCACUCCUCCCAACUGUGUCGACCAGAGCGCAUACCCUGACUACUACUUCCGUAUCACCAACAGUGAGCACAAGACUGAGCUCAAAGAGAAGUUCAAGCGCAUGUGUGAAAAAUCUAUGAUCAAGAAGCGGUACAUGCACCUGACAGAGGAGAUCCUAAAAGAAAACCCCAACGUAUGCGCAUACAUGGCAUCUUCCUUGGAUGCGAGGCAGGACAUGGUGGUGGUAGAAGUCCCAAAGCUAGGCAAGGAAGCAGCCACAAAGGCCAUCAAGGAAUGGGGGCAGCCCAAGUCCAAGAUCACCCAUCUCGUCUUCUGCACCACCAGCGGUGUCGACAUGCCUGGCGCUGACUACCAGCUCACCAAGCUCUUGGGUCUCCGCCCCUCUGUCAAGCGCCUCAUGAUGUAUCAACAAGGUUGUUUCGCCGGCGGCACGGUGCUCCGCCUCGCCAAGGACCUCGCUGAGAACAACAAGGGCGCGCGCGUGCUUGUCGUCUGCUCUGAAAUCACCGCGGUCACGUUUCGUGGCCCUAGCGACACCCACCUCGACAGUCUUGUCGGUCAGGCCUUGUUUGGCGAUGGAGCCGCUGCACUCAUAGUUGGAGCCGACCCAGUUCCCGGGGUCGAGAAGCCUUUGUUCGAACUGGUCUCCGCCGCCCAGACAAUUCUGCCCGACAGCGAUGGUGCCAUCGACGGGCAUCUCCGCGAGGUCGGGCUUACAUUCCAUCUACUAAAGGAUGUUCCUGGGCUCAUUUCAAAGAACAUUGAGAAGAGCUUGGUGGAGGCUUUCCAACCUCUUGGCAUCACAGACUGGAACUCCCUUUUCUGGAUUGCACACCCAGGAGGUCCUGCAAUCUUGGACCAGGUAGAGUCGAAGCUGGAGCUGAAGCCAGAAAAGCUGCGCGCCACACGUCACGUGCUCAGUGAGUAUGGAAACAUGUCAAGUGCUUGUGUAUUGUUUAUCUUGGAUGAGAUGAGGAAGAAGUCGGCCGAGGAUAGGCUGAAGACCACCGGAGAGGGGCUCGAGUGGGGCGUGCUGUUUGGGUUCGGUCCUGGUCUGACGGUCGAGACCGUUGUGCUCCACAGUGUCUCUGCUUAAUUAGAGUCCUCCACCAUUAUCGAUUUAUUUUGGUUCCCUUGUUUUUCAUUUGCUUGUUGCAGUCUUUUUUUUUUAUUUUAUUUUAUUUUUUUUACCUUCUCUCACUUUUGAAGCUUGUGUGUUCGUUUCCAUGUUUUGGAGACAUGUGCUUCAC